AUGAGUACGGAGAGUUUCAAAUACUUCGAGCUUGACUUAGACGGAGACUUUUUCAUCGAGUUUCAAAUCCACGAGGGCCCCGUCUUAGGCCGAGGCAGCUCAGGUGAAGUCGUCCUCGCCACGUUCAUCAAACACCCCCAGUACAGGCGAGCCGUCAAGAAGUUUCCACUCACAGGCGCGGACGCCCAGGGGGACGACGCCGAAGAGGACGCUAGGGUGAGGAGAAACUUCCAGAGAGAGGUGCAGAUGAUGAAACAGCUUCACCACCCAAACAUCAUGCCCCUCGUGGCUUACGUCAAGACGCCAAGGUACCUGGCUCUGAUUAUGCCGUACUGCCCCAAAGGUACACUGGCCAAAAUGUUGACCACGUUGGUACCUGCAUUGCAAGCCAGAUACAUGAGACAGGUGACUGAAGCCGUAGAGUACCUCCACAACCGCAACAUCAUCCACGGCGACAUCAAACCUCAGAACGUCCUCAUCAGCGACGACGACACUGCCCUGCUCUCAGACUUUGGUCUCUCCCGGGCGGUGCCACACAGGAUGGUGGAGAUGUUCGUCCACUUUGGUACCACGACCUACAGGGCUCCGGAGACUUUCAGCGACGACAGGGUUAACCCUUUUAAGACAGACUUGUAUUCCCUUGGAGUCACCCUCUGGGCUAUCGCCUUAAAGAGAAAACCCAAGCUAGACAUUCCGUUCGUUAGAGAGCUGGAAUUGGCCACACACGUGCCACUCAAAUACAGGAGUGUGAUCGAAUCUCUCCUGCACAUAAACCCAGCAGAAAGACCCACAGCCACACAUGUUCUAGAAGAUAUGUGA